AUGGAGGCUAUCCCUUGGGCCGCGGUCAUUGGGUCUCCCGAUCACAGACCACAAUGCCCCGGUUACAAGGCAUCCAACGUCCAUGAAAAAGACAAUUCCUUGACCGCGGACCUGACUCUUGCGGGCAACCCUUGCAAUGUAUACGGCUCGGACUUGAAAGAUCUGAAGCUUCUGGUCGAAUACCAAACCGAUGAGCGUCUCCAUGUUAUGAUUUAUGAUGCCGAUGAGCAGGUCUACCAAGUCCCGGAAUCGGUAUUGCCUCGUGUAGAUAGCCACGGUGACUCUGGAAAGCGCUCUUCUAAGCUAAGCUUUGAUUACGAAGAGGAGCCUUUCUCUUUUACUGUCUCCAGAGGGGAUGAGGUGCUUUUUGACACCUCUGCAGCCAAUCUAGUCUUUGAGUCUCAAUAUCUGAAUCUUCGCACAUACCUUCCCAAAGACCCGUAUUUGUAUGGACUUGGAGAGCACAGCGACCCUUUGCGUCUGCCCACGAACAACUAUACUCGCACACUUUGGAACCGAGAUGCCUAUGGGACUGGCGAGAACACCAAUUUAUACGGCAGCCAUCCCGUGUACUACGAUCAUCGUGGUAAAUCUGGCACCCAUGGAGUUUUCUUGCUGAAUUCCAACGGCAUGGACAUCAACAUCAGCAAGACCAGAGAUGGAAAGCAAUACCUUGAGUACAACAUUUUGGGAGGCGUUUUGGACUUUUACAUUUUCACCGGAGCUACUCCAAAGGAGGCCAGCAUCGAGUAUUCGAAAGUCGUGGGCCUUCCAGCCAUGCAAAGCUACUGGUCUUUUGGUUUCCAUCAAUGUAAAUACGGCUACCGUGAUGUAUACCAAGUCGCCGAAGUGGUCUAUAAUUACAGCCAGACAAACAUCCCACUGGAAACAAUGUGGACUGACAUUGACUACAUGGACCGCAGAAAGGUGUUUACACUCGAUUCCGAAAGAUUCCCUCUCACCAAAAUGCGCGAGUUUAUCAGUCAUUUACAUGAGCGUAACCAGCAUUAUAUUGUCAUGGUCGAUCCCGCCGUGAGCACAAGCGAAAAUGCGGCUUCCGAAAGGGGUAUGGACCAAGGUGUAUUCCUCCAGACUCAGAAUGAAAGUCUCUAUAAAGGCGCUGUGUGGCCCGGAGUGACAGCAUUCCCGGACUGGUUCCAUCCGGACAUCCAAGAUUACUGGACGGGAGAAUUCGUAAAGUUCUUCGAUGCCGAAACUGGUGUUGAUAUUGACGGUUUGUGGAUUGAUAUGAAUGAAGCCUCCAACUUUUGCCCAUAUCCUUGCGAGAAUCCAGAACAAUACGCUGUGGACAAUGACCUCCCACCGGCAGCACCGCCUGUUCGGCCAAGCAGCCCGCGCCCACUGCCUGGAUUCCCUGCUUCUUUCCAGCCCUCUUCAUCAAAGCGAUCAGUGAAGAGAGCAUCCUCAGGCAAAGGGGAGAAAGUCGGCCUGCCUGGACGUGAUCUCAUCAACCCACCCUACAAUAUUCAGAAUGUGGCAGGGUCUCUCAGCAACAAGACAAUCAACACUAAUGUUAUCCAUGCCGGUGAGGGAUACGCCGAGUACGACACGCACAACUUGUAUGGCACGAUGAUGAGCUCUGCUUCUCGUGUUGCCAUGGAACAUCGACGACCUGACGUGAGACCCUUGAUUAUUACCCGUAGUACAUUUGCAGGAGCUGGAGCACAUGUCGGCCACUGGCUCGGUGACAACCUCAGCCAGUGGAGCCAGUACCGGUUCUCCAUUCCACAGAUCCUUUCCUUUGCAUCGAUGUUCCAACUUCCCAUGGUUGGGGCCGAUGUAUGCGGGUUCGGUGGCAACACGACAGAAGAGCUCUGCGCGCGAUGGGCCUCUCUAGGUGCAUUCUACACUUUCUUCCGCAAUCACAACGAGCUCGGAUCCAUUCCACAGGAAUUUUACCUCUGGCCCAGCGUGGCCGAGUCCGCCCGCAAGGCUAUUGGGAUCCGAUACCAACUUCUCGAUUACAUUUAUACUCAGUUCCAUCGACAGAGCAAGACGGGGGAACCGUUCCUGCAGCCCUUGUUCUAUCUAUACCCCGAGGACAAGAACACGUUCUCGAAUGAUCUGCAGUUCUUCUACGGUGAUUCCAUCCUGAUCAGCCCUGUAACCGACGAGAACAAGACCUCGGUCAACGCAUACUUCCCCAACGACAUCUUCUAUGACUGGUACACAGGUGCGCCCGUUCGCGGACAGGGAGCCAACAAGACACUCGAAAAUAUUGGCAUCACCCAUAUUCCCAUCCAUAUCCGUGGAGGCAGCAUCGUCCCUAUUCGAUCAUCCAGUGCCAUGACCACGGCCGAAUUGCGCACGAAGAGUUUUGAGCUCCUCAUCGCUCCUGGACUCGAUAGAACUGCCUCAGGCAGUCUCUACUUGGACGACGGAGAUUCGCUGGAGCAGGACGCCACGCUAGAAGUGCAGUUCGAGUAUCGUCACGAUACGCUGUACGUCAAGGGGAAGUUUGAACGCGAGGUGGAUGUGAAUGUCGAAGUCGUUACUUUGUUGGGACAGACAGAUACUUCGGUGUCAAACGUUAAGGACAACAGCGUCCACAGCAAGAAGACCAUCCCGGUCAAGGUGGCACUUACUGAGCCGAGUGAAGUGAAAUUGGACUAG